CUCCGGACGAGGAGGUCGGAGAACCAGUCGCGGUCACAGUCGCAGAGCCAGCGCUCGUUACGACUCGCUCCGACUUACGGCGACUUGGUCUAUCGAUACUGUAUACUAGUGAGUUACUGUUGAAAUGGAAAUCAGACUAUUCUGUGUGUGACAAUGAUACAUGAAGAUAUAUAUCGAGGGAUUGAUGAUAAUAUCGACCAUGGACCUGACAACGAGGCGCUGUGAGGACGGGGAGGUUGUGAACGGGAAGGAACAGUGCCGGGGUUUUAAUGGGACGAGUGACGUCACGGGCGUGAUCGAAGUGUCGCGGAAGAGCAGCUCCUUCAGCAUCAGAAGUCUCGUCGGCGGAGAGGACUCCGACCGCCCAGCCGACGGACAUGUUAACACACCCGAAGAGUACUACCACCAAGAUUCCUAUCAAAAGUUCACUGGUAUGGGGGUAUCGGAGGUUCAAAAGGACGAUUCUCCAAGAACAACUCCUGAGCUUUCACGAAACGAUCAGUCCCCUUCAGAGCGACCACCCCCCGGCUCUGCAGACAGCGAUGACCCAGACGACUUCGCCCCCAAGAGGAAGCAGAGACGAUACAGAACAACUUUCACCAGUUUCCAGCUCGAAGAGUUGGAGAAAGCAUUCUCUAGAACUCACUACCCUGAUGUUUUUACGAGAGAGGAGUUGGCGAUGAAAAUUGGAUUAACGGAAGCGAGAAUACAGGUGUGGUUUCAAAACCGUCGUGCUAAAUGGAGGAAACAGGAGAAGGUGGGGCCUCAAGGGCACCCUUACAACCCUUAUCUGGCUGGGGGCGCAGCGCCUCCCCCAUCAGUAGUCGCUUCAAUGCCGAACCCUUUCUCACAACUCGGCUUUGGCUUCAGAAAACCAUUUGACGCAAACGCUUUGGCAUCAUUUAGAUAUAAUAGUACCCCAGUGCUGGGAACGCAAUACCUCGGUACGCCGUUAUCUCGACCUCCGCUUUUCAGCGCUCCGAUGUAUUCUUCGGCUCCUCCCUUCCACUCGCUCCUCGCUGGCUUGGCAGCUCCCAGACAAUCUCCUGACCCUCCGCCGGUCUCGCCCCCCAUAUCUCCCGGCAGCGAGUCCCCCCCAAUACAACCAGGUCCAGAAGUCGAACGACGGAGUUCAAGUAUAGCCGCCUUAAGAAUGGCGGCUAGAGAACACGAGUUGAGGUUGGAAAUGUUAAGACAACGACACCAUACUGACUUGAUAAGUUGAGCUGAGGCUGUGUUAGGAGGAUAAUGGAAUGUAGUUACUAGUGGCGUCUUUGUUACUGACUGAGAGCUUACAAAGUAUUUAAAAAUAAGGUUAAGGGAAGUUGCAAGUGUGAUUUUAUCAAAUUAAGUUUCUUUACAUACUUCUUUUGUUUCCUGUGUCAGUAACAAUUGAAUUGCUGUUCGGCAAUAGUAAAUUAAUUUACGUGUAAACUGUAUGUAUAAAAUUAUUAUUAAUUUAGGAGGUAACUGAAAGCUAUUAGUAUAUAGUUAUUAUAUAUUUUUCCUUCCAGUUCUAUGCCUUAUUAUUUAUUAUAAAUUAAAUAAGUAUCGCGUAUUAUCUUAUAAGAAUUUUGUUUAUACACAGUGUUAUUUUUGGUGAACAUUCUAGAAGAUUAAAUAUUAUCUUUGUAUAAAUCCUAAAGACAAUAAAUCAAAAUCUGUGUAGCGCAAACCAGUUAAAUAUGUUAAUAAGAAUAUGAUUUAUUGAAGAAAAUUAACAGAAAAUUAAUUAAAUUAUGUAAAUUUUUGUUAACGAUGUAGACCAAGUUCCAGCGGUUCUCUUCUUUCUUUGAAAAUACUUUUUUUUAUUUCCUAUAUAUUGUUUUAUUCACUAUAAGAUAUAUAACAUUUCAUGCAAAUUAGUAACAUUAACAUCUCAAGAAAACAUGAAUCUUUACAAUUUGAAAUCUCAAUUACAUAUUGGCUCGUUUAGAAGAUUAUUAUAGUAUUUUUCCCAAUAAACAGAACCGUCGCAGCUUGAUCUAAAACACCAAAGAGAUUUGCAAAAACAUGAAACCAGUUACAACAAAAACCACAGCUGUACAAAAUGGCAGGUAUAUUGAAAUACAAACAAUUAAGGUUCCGUAAAAUAAAGGGUUUUCAAAUAA